UUCGCCUGCAAGUGGCGAUGUGACCGGUUUCCCAAAUAAACACUCCGCCAUAAAUGGACCCCAGCAAAUAUCUACAUAAAACCAUCAAAUGCGGAAGCCAUGUCACCUUGUAGAGUGGCUAGCGGAUGGAAAUUGGUCGCCGUGUUUCUUGUCUGGCUGGGUUUUCAUGCUGCAGACAAAAACACGUGUCAUGCUCAUGCAGCAGAGCCCCGUCAGCACACCACACACAGGCCUGUUGGGUUGGAGGAGGUGGUUUUGGUGAUCCAGAGUCAGAGAAACUCGUACCACGCCCAUCAAAGUGCGCAGAGGAAGGCGGAAAUUCUGCAGCAGGCAGCCCAGCUGGGACAGGAAGCUCCAGUUGUCCUUCUUCUUCAUGAAUUGUCAGAAUAUGAAGGGGAUUGGAGCAUCCUCCCUACCCUUCCUCGUCUCUCAGCCUCCUUUAGCCAAUCAGCAUCCUGGUUUUUCUUCUUAGAGGAGGAAACUAGAGUCACAUUGGUGACCCUUUUACAGGUCCUUAACAGAUACAAUUCCCAAGAGGAAUGGUUUCUUGGCAAGCGUCUCCAUGACAACGAGGCCUCCAUCAUCCACCACUAUGCCUUCUCCGAAGACCCCAGUUCCUUCGGUUACCCUGACCCUGCAGCAGGCUGGGCAAUCAGCAUGUCGCUGCUCCAGAGACUUGCUGAGCGAAUCCAGUAUGAGCGAAUGAAGUCAGAUUUUACUAUCGACUUGAAACAUGAGAUUGCUUUUUACAUCUGGGAAGGAGGAAAUGGUCCAAAGCUGACAGCAGUUCCAGAGUUUUGCACACAGCAGAGAGACUACUGCGCUACCACAUUCACGACUUACCUGCCCAACUGUGGAGAUGCAGUCAACAAGGAGGACAUAUUUGUUGCUGUGAAAACUUGCCAAAAAUUCCACUCUGAGCGAGUGCCUGUGGUGAAAGCAACAUGGGACAAAGAUGCUGCUUUUUUGGAGUACUACAGUGACGUCACUGAUCCCUCCAUACCCACAAUCCAUCUGGGAGUUCCCAACACUGAGAGGGGGCAUUGUGGGAAGACAUUUGCCAUCUUGAGGCGGUUCCUAAGUGAUUCUGUGCCAAAGGCAGAUUGGCUGCUCAUUGUUGAUGAUGAUACACUAAUCAGUUUGCCCAGGUUACGGAAACUCCUGCGUUGCUACGACCCCAGGGAAGCGGUGAGCCUGGGGGAGAGAUACGGCUACGGCCUGAUGCAAAGUGGCUACAGCUACACCACAGGAGGAGGAGGGAUGGUGCUGAGUCGGGUAGCAGUAUCCAGGCUAGUUUCCAGUGGCUGUAGUUGCUACAGUGAUGAUGCUCCUGAUGACAUGGUGCUUGGCAUGUGUCUCUCUUCCGUGGGUGUCCCCAUCACACACAGCCCGCUGUUUCACCAGGCUCGUCCGGACGACUACUCUGAGGACUUGCUGUCCAUGCAGCAACCCAUCUCCUUCCACAAGCACUGGAACACAGACCCCGUGGCAGUCUACACGCACUGGCUGCAGGACACGCAGCCACGGGAUGAACUGUAGGAAGGCUGUGUGUGUACAGUAUGACUGUCCCAUGUGUACGUUUGUGUUUUGGCCCUUCUCCACAGAACAAUAAGAAGCAGCCAGAAUGGAUUCAAGCAGCUAGAUCCAGUUCUAGUCAGCCUAUCAUUUGUGUUUCGAUGGAGUUGUAGUGACAAUAGAAAAAAGGUUGCAAAGGUAGUUUGUUAAUCUAAUGUCUUUUGUAAUGUUUACAUGCUUUUACACAUUUUUAAAACAUAUGCAAUUGUAUUUUUACUUGUCAGGACUGUGCCCAUGACCCAGUUCCCUUGAACACAGCAAUACUCCUGUCUCAUUUCUUUUCAUUUUUCAUUUUUCUCACUGCCUUUCCGUUGAAUCUCAUCUUCUGAACAGAUGACAGUGAGAGCUUGGACCUUGUCGUGGCUCCUUGAUGUAUAUUUUUCUCUAUUUGGCUUCUUCAAAUGCUCGACAGCUCACAAUAAAAUGCUUCCACUGUAACAUGAAAUUAUUACCGUUGUGGCUUCUGGCUGUAAUCGUCAGUUGCUUCAGUAACGUACAAGUGUAUAACUAAUCAAUGGUAAACAGUGUAGUCUUCCCCCUAGGGUCCUGUUGGUUCGCGUGAGUCUCGCAUGUCAAGCAAGGCACAAAAAAUCAAUUGGAAGUGGAACUGGACCCUUGGCGAAUGGAAAAUCCAAAGUUCCUGUUACACAGUGCCAAAGAAGUGCCUAAAGGUUUGGUGGUUAUUGCAGUGCAAAAGGGCCUUAGAGAUGUCACUUUGCCUCAAAACUGAAUUUGAACGAAAUCAUAGCCCAAAGUAGUGUAAUCAGUUUUUUUUCAAGGUUUUAACAUAGUCAUAGCUCUAGUAAUAAAUUGCUACUGUAGGAAAGGAAAAAGUGAUAAUGAUCACCAUGUGGUAUUGGUGCAGAAACACAUCAGCAGGUUACCUAGUAACAUUGUACUUGUACUGGAACAACAAGGGGAGUAGUUCAACAUGUAUAAAACAGUAUAGUAUUCAGCUUCUGUAUGCAUUCAAGCACAGUGGCAUGGAGUUUAAGUGGUGCUAUGCACAAAACAUCGACAAAUUAUAAUCACAGCAUUUUAAAAUAUAUAUUUUUUUUUAUUUUUUGGCACAAAUAUUAGGGCUUCAGUAAUGUCGAUAAAGUAACUGUUACACUUUCUGGGUUUGAAAAAUGACAAAAAAAAAAAUAACUGAGCAUCAGUAUUCCUCAGAAUCCUGCUCAAGAAAAUUGUUCAUGUCACACUCGAUGGGUAUAAGAAAAGUAAAAUCUGAAUCAAACCGAGUUGCCAGGUACAGAGGAUGUAGUUAUUUUUCUCGGUGGUGCACGGAUCAAUUUGUCUUCCUUUCAUUUUCAGCUUACUCACUCAAUUUCUAGUCGUUUCUCUUUUGGAUUUGAGAAUGCACACUGUGUAUCACUGUAUUCACUUUUUCAUACACCUGAUGUGUGGUUUUAAAGACGUUUCCAGGCACUUUUUUUACGAUACAUUUUAAAAUAACUUCCAAAUUCUGUGUGGAAAGUUGUGUAUAGAUUUGUGUGUACUAGGUAAAUGAUUCUGCUGACUGGUCACUAACUUGUGAUCAGUGACCAUGUUUUAAAUGAAGUGCCACUCUGUGUGUGUGUGUGUGUGUGUGUGUGUGUGUGUGUGUGUGUGUGUGUGUGUGUGUGUGUGUGCGUGUGUGCGUGCGUGCAUGUGUGUGUGUGUGUUUGGCAAAGCUGAUUACCAGAUUCACUGUUCAGCCUGCAAAUAACUGCCAUUUUGCAAGAAUCACUGUCUGUAUGUUAGUGUGUAAAUC